CGGAGAGCAGAUGGGAGGUGCGGCGACAGUGUUUGACGAGAGCCGAAGGAGGCUGUGGGAGGUGUUGGCGGCGGCGGCGCGGGCGCCUGAGGAGGAGGAGGAGGAGAAGCGGAUGAGAUCGUGGGGCUCACCAGCGUCCCCCAUGGCUUCUGAGUAGCGUGGGAGUGGAGUCAGCACCAAGCCAGGCUCCCGGCGCCUGCCUUGCUCUCACCUGCUCCUGCUCUCUGCCAGGGACAGCAUGGUCCGCAGGGCACCAUGGGGCCCGACAGAGUGACAGCACGAGAACUGUGCGAGAACGACGACCUGGCCACCAGCCUCGUCCUGGACCCCUACCUCGGUUUCCGCACCCAUAAGAUGAACGUCAGCCCUGUGCCCCCCCUGCGGCGACAGCAGCACCUGCGCUCAGCGCUGGAAACUUUCCUGAGGCAGCGGGACCUGGAGGCUGCAUACCGGGCCCUGACGCUGGGAGGCUGGACGGCCCGCUACUUCCAGAGCCGGGGCCCGCGGCAGGAGGCUGCCCUCAAGACCCACGUCUAUCGCUACCUCCGUGCCUUCCUGCCGGAAAGUGGCUUUACCAUCCUGCCCUGCACGCGCUACUCCAUGGAGACCAACGGGGCCAAGAUCGUGUCCACUCGUGCUUGGAAAAAGAAUGAGAAGCUGGAGCUGCUGGUGGGCUGCAUUGCAGAGCUGCGGGAGGCGGAUGAGGGGCUGCUGAGGGCCGGUGAGAAUGACUUCAGCAUCAUGUACUCAACCCGCAAGCGGAGUGCUCAGCUGUGGCUGGGCCCAGCCGCCUUCAUCAACCAUGACUGCAAACCCAACUGCAAGUUUGUGCCUGCAGACGGGAACGCAGCCUGUGUGAAGGUGCUCCGGGACAUUGAGCCUGGGGACGAGGUGACAUGCUUCUACGGCGAGGGCUUCUUCGGCGAGAAGAAUGAGCACUGUGAAUGCCACACCUGUGAGAGGAAAGGUGAAGGAGCUUUCCGAACCAGGCCUAGGGAGCCCGCGUUGCCACCACGGCCCCUGGACAAGUACCAGCUGCGUGAGACCAAGCGGCGGCUGCAGCAAGGCCUGGACAGCGGCAGCCGACAGGGCCUGCUGGGCCCUCGGGCCUGCGUGCACCCAUCCCCGCUGCGCCGGGACCCAUUCUGUGCCGCCUGCCAGCCCCUGCGCCUGCCAGCCUGCAGCGCCCGCCCAGACACCUCACCCCUCUGGCUCCAGUGGCUGCCUCAGCCCCAGCUGCGAGUGCGGCCCCGGAAGCGCCGACGCCCCCGGCCCCGGAGGGCCCCAGUGCUCUCCACCCACCACGCUGCCCGCGUCUCCCUGCACCGAUGGGGAGGCUGUGGCCCCCACUGCCACCUGCGAGGAGAGGCCCUGGUGGCCCUGGGCCAGCCCCCCCACGCCCGCUGGGCCCCCCAGCAGGACUGGCACUGGGCCCGGCGCUAUGGGCUGCCUUACGUGGUGCGUGUGGACCUUCGUCGCCUGGCCCCAGCCCCACCAGCCACCCCAGCCCCUGCUGGGACCCCAGGCCCCAUCCUGAUCCCGAAGCAGGCCCUCGCCUUCGCCCCCUUCUCCCCACCCAAGCGCCUACGGCUGGUGGUCAGCCACGGCUCCAUCGACCUGGAUGUCGGAGGUGAAGAGCUGUGACAGGCCGGACGGGGAGGCCCAGCAGGGAGAGAGAGUCUCUCUCCUAGCUGCUACCCAGGACCUCCAGAAGGAGCCCUUGGACCUCUGGGAGGGAGCUGACCCUUGACUCCAGCAUAGCUCUGACCCUGGAAUGGGGUUGGUUUGGACACCCCCAGGGAUCUGAGCCCUGACCCUUUGUGACUGCUGACCCCUGAGCCAUCCCCACUCCCACAGGGAGCCCCGGCCAUUUGCUGCCCUCCCCACCCCUGCCCCAGCCUCAGGACUGCAGGAGCCAUCCGCCCCCCUCAGCCCCUUCCUCCCCAGGGAGCAAAGCCAUAAGGGGCAGGGGCCACCCCACGGCAUCUCCCCAGAAGUACAGGCCUCAGGAGGAGGUGGAACUGAUGUAGGGGGUGGCACUCCCCAGAGACUGCCCUCACGAGGGGACUGGGUUCGCUCUCAGCUCUGCAGCUGUCUGCGGUGGGGGGAAGGUUGGGGGGUGUCUGGAGGCAUGUUCCCCUCACCACCCCCCGUGGGUCUCAGGGAGGCCGGGUGUGACCUCAUCUUUCUCAUGGUGCUAUCCUGGUGCUGUUGGGGUGGGGAGCUCCCUCCCCUCCCCUACACCAGAAAGGGGUAUGUUGGGGGAUUGGAAGCACUUGAACUUUUUAUUUUAUUAAAACCUUGUUAUAAGCAGCA